AUGGUUGAUAAAUUGCCAUUAUUACCUGAAAAGGACGCUGUGUGUGCGGACGUGAAGUGUGUUCUUCAGGAGGUGUUCCGAGACUCGAACUAUCUGCCUAAAGUCGUUGAGGACAACAGUGACUGGGUAGAAAAGUUGUCUGAAGACAACAUAGUAUUGAAUGAUCAGGAGUUAAAGUUACGAGAUGAACAUGCGAACCGCCUCUCGAAGGAUCCACUUACAAAUAUUUACAGGCUCAAUUCUCCCAGGGUAUCGCGGAAUGAUCAACACAGCAAGUGGAAGGAACAUGUACGCCUGAUAGAGAGGAAGGAUUUAAAACCGACCUUGAAACAAGAUGCGUCUGGGGACAAUAACCUUUGGGUGAGAAAUAUACUUAAUGGUAGUUCUGGAAACCUUGCUGCCAUUAAAGUCAUAGGAUCAAAGAUACACCCGCCAGCACCUCUACAUAUAUCAGAUGACACUAGUCUGCAGUCUAUCAGCUGGGGGCCAGUAAGACAAACAUCACCACCUCCUUCGCCGUCGUCUUCUUCAGCUACACCUGUUCCGGAUUAUAUAAUUUGUAUUCCUUCGCAAUUAAAAUUUCUAAACUUUAAUAUUGGACGGCUUCAUACGCACACUUUAAGGUUAAUAAAUAUAUCAAAAUUUGAAAUGCGUGUUUCUGUACGUCCUCCUAAACGUCGCGAGUUGGACGUGGAGCUCUGUUCUCGUCUCGUUGUCACUUCAGGAUCCGCUGCUGAAAUAAAGAUUCAUUUUCGACCCAAAGACGUCCGUGAGUUGAGCGAUCAACUGCUUGUGCGAGUUUCUUCUGGACAGAAACUCACUAUUCCCAUCGUAUGCUACAUGGAACCGCCAACACUCAACAUAAUAUACCCUCCGGGAAGUCUUCAACUGUCGUCACCUAAAUCUACAAAGACAGUGUCGGAUGUACUCGACCUAGGAGCUCGACUGCUGGGUGACGUGCAUCAAACUCCGCUGGUACUGAAGUGUGGGGAACGAGAUAGUUCUUUUUUCUUACUCUCAGAAGAUGCAUGGCUGGAAUAUUCUAUUGAAGUCGCUAUUGGUACAAGAGACAACAUUCCAAUGUACGGUGUGGUAGCGGAUCGCUUCUUCGUAACGCCUGUAAGAUGGUGUGGAGGAGGCACGGUACAAGGCCUCGCUCUCUGCCGCGCCGACACUCCAGGUCUACACACGGCGUCGUUAAAAAUAUUGUGCUCGACUGCUAUCGUGAGACCACUGCAACUGGUCGCUGAUGCUUUACUGUUCUCUCCUAAACACAUAACUUUGAAGGCACAAGACAAAGAUUACGACAUAUGUAGUGAAGAUGAUCCAGCUUGUGAGUAUUACGUUCACCUCGGGACCAGUUAUCCAAACGAGUCUCUCUCUGCUACGGUUACGAUUUUCAACCAUAGUUCCUUAUGUUAUAACUAUCACUGGAGUGUCAGGCCGUGGGGUGUUUGUUCCUGCUGGGAUCCAUCGUAUUAUGAAGAAGGUGAAGACCAUGACAGCGACCUCUGUCCCGGCGCGUUACAUAACAAACAACAAAUGAAGACAGAGACGGACAACAAGCAAGCUGAGGGUGAUCCUUCCUCGGCCGUGUACGUGGAGCCACCUCAAGGUCGUCUUGAGCCUCGCCGUCAUAUUGAGCUCUGUGUCCGAGUACCAGAUGCAGGAGGAACUCCUGGAUUGAGAAGGGCUGUGCUUAUGUUAAUUUUAACCGAUAUUCCUAAAGAAAGUUUCCCAGCGGAUUACAAUCCUAUGAUCGUGAGUGUAAACGUCCUUCAGGAAGAAGCCAUUCCGGGAGUGUCCAAGAGCUGGUCACGAGAAGUGUGUGAUGUAGUGUGUGCUGAAAUGGAAGUUUGGUGGACAGUGGUUCCCGUGAGGUUCACACUCGACCCGCCCCUACUACUACUGCCUUACUCUCGAAGAGUUAAAUCAGUGUCAAUCAAGCUUCGUGUGACUCAGUUGUACGGAAUAUCGAGUAUGAAAGCGCAUUUCGAAAUGACGACACCUUCUCCCGCUCCUCCGAUGUUGUCACCGGGACAAGCAUACUUCACAUCUGCUACAUUACCAUUGACAGAAUUACCGAAUGAGUUUCCUGAAACGUCAUAUAUUCGCCUGAGGUCGGAGCAGUCCCCCUGGUGCGUGUCGUGUGUCGUGAGCCGCUGGUGCAGUGAGCGAGCCCCGGGCCUCCGCCCCACCCGCUGCUGGCUCGGGGUGCUCCCCCCGGGGACGAGCGUACGGACCCAGCUGGUCGUACUCAACGACACACACCAACAUAUACACUGGUGGGGCGCGUGUCAUCGUUGGUACCGCGAGCGCGUCGUGUCCCCGCCGUGUGAGGACCGUCCUCCGUGUGUGGACUGCUGCAGUAGGAGCUGUACCUGCUUGCUCCUCACUCCGUCCCGGGGAGCCUUGACACACAAACAGAGAAUCACUCUUCACUACCAGGCUAAUGCUCCAGAUUCGGACGGCUGUGUGUCGACCCUGGUGCAGGUCAGACGGACGGCUCCGGACACCAGCUCCGUCCAGAGCAUGCCAGGGUCUGCGGCGCGCGCUUCUCUCGUCACCUACCGAGUACUGGCGCCGCGACUCACUCUCAGCGUGCUGCCCUGUGGAGGAGACAAGAGGACGGAAUCAGCCUUGUUGGCUCUCGUGAGUUUCUUCUCAUCUCCUCCAGGUGUCGGCUGUGCCCUCGACUCCAGGUCCACUGCUGUAUUACGUCCGAGGUCCUCCCUCACUGUGGGAGACACCUCCUGCUGUCGUCUUCGCAUCACUAACACCACUCCGAUACCGACUCACGUGUCCUGGGAACCGGCUCUUGAUGAGGAGGAAGCCUUAAAAGUAGUCUUCAUACCCGAGGAGUUGAAGCUUGGUGGUUACUCUCAAGUUACUGUAAUGGUAACCUUGGAAGCCAGGCGUGUCGUCAGUCGUCGUCUGUUCGUCCGGAGAGCCCGAGUACUCCACGCCUACAAGCCGUUGUAUUUGUUAAUUGACGCUGCGGUUUCAGGUGUGGAGGUGUCUGUGGAGUUUCCUAUCGGCGGUGGAGAUCACACUGAUUCAUUUGUAUCGAUCAAGAUGUUACAAAAGGAAAACAUAGCGGCCAAUAUAUCAACAAGGAAGCUACAGUCACCCUCAGUCGCCGAGAUGUUUGCGGAAAACGAUCGUAAAAGAGCUUUCCAAAAAGAGCACACUUGCACGUGUAAGUAUGAGAUGGUCUACAUUCCACCCAAGAAGGAACCGCAGAAACCGACCCGAGACAGCGAGGAGUCUCCUAGAGUUGAAAUAGUGGAGUCUCCUCCGGCCCUCACUCGCGUCUGUCCUUGUUCCGGUCAGUGUAAGCCUCAAGUGCCUGAAGACGUCGACCCUUAUUGUAUUCAGUUCGUUGGUCUCCCGUUAAGAAAUGUUCGGUCUCGUGUGGUCACUCUCCGUAAUACUUGUCGUCUGAACGCUCGCUGGAGCUGCGCCGUCCGGAGACACGAGAGACCUCGACACAGGACCGUUCACACUAGGGAGGAGGACCAGUGGUCGGAGGUGGUUCAUCAUCCAGGGUACUCGUUGUCGUGUUCUCCAUCACACGGCUCGCUGGCUGCCAACACCUCGGCCUGCUUUACCGUCUCAGUGUUUGCAGACACCUGGGGCCUGUACUACGACCAGAUCAUCAUAAUGUCUCUCCCACUUGUCCUGCACAUGGACCUACCGGUACUGGAGUCGGAGCCGGAGGUCAUUGACUUUGGUUUCGUGUCUGACAACACUUGUCGGAAGUCUUACUUCACCAUCAAACAUUCCAGUCCGUCCGCUGUUAUCGAGUUGGUGACGAGCUGGUCUGGUGACAGUCAGUUCGAUCUCUGGCCGUCAAGUCUUUCUCUGCGACCUGGUGUCAGCGAACGUGUUUAUCUUCAGUUCACAGCUAAGUAUGAUUCAUUAAAAUUAUAA